AUGGCGUUCUCGGGUGCUGGAGCAAGUAGUCCUACUUCCUACUACAGCAACGCUCCUGCUACGGAUCAGAGUGAUCAGACUGCUCGGGCUCAGGAUCAAGGUGACGGAAGGGUUUGGGAUGAUUCUUCUUGGAACCGGGGUGAUCAAUGGGCUUGGCAGGGAUGGUAUAGACCAUACGGCUACCGCUAUCACUGGUCUUGGGGUUCAAAGGCCGAGUGGAGUACAGACGGUGGAGAUUUCUCCAGCGGAUCACCCGGCGAGGGUGAUGAUGAUCAGGGCUCAGGUGGGCGCCAAGAUGAGCAUCCAUCGCACGAGCUCCGCAGUUCCGAGGGCGAGAACACAAGUUACAAUCGGAGGGCUUCUUGGAAUUCUUCCGGGAAGUGGGCUGGAGACUCAUCGACAGGGAUCUCUAAUUCACAUGAUGAUGGGAACCUGGGGUCCGAGGUCACAGCUACGAAGGGUUCUUUCAGCGAGAGGAUGGCAGUUCCGGGAUUCGAUGCUCAGAGUUCUGCGGAGGAGCUUGGCAUGAGCGCUAGGUCUUAUCUUCGCCAGGUGGACGCAUGGUGCAAGGUAACGAGGACACCCAAACAUCAGCAAGCCCUUCUACUCUAUCAGAACCUCUCGGGAAGGGCAUGGGUUGAAUCAGAGGAAUUGAGCGUCGAGGAUCUCUCGGGCAACAAUGGUGUAUCAAUCUUUCGAGCUUGGAUUCAAGAAAGGUAUCAGGAAGUCGAAGUGUCAAAGAUUGCGGAAAGCCUUAUUGCAUUCUUUAAGAGGCUUCGUCGCCAAUCUGGGCAAACCAUCAGGGAAUUCAACUCGGCUUUCGAUAGGAGUCACUCCCGACUCCUAGAAAUCGACUGCCGCCUCCCGGAGGUGGCAAAGGCAUGGGCUUAUCUCAACGCGCUUAGCCUGAGCAGUUCAGAGGAAUUGGCUUUGCUGGCUUCGGUAGGGAAUGAGUACAAUGUGACAAAGUUGCAGCGCGCAGCAGUGUUGCAUGAGAAGUCCCUACGCCCUCCUUGGCAACCCCGGAAAGGACCUUAUCAGGACAUUGGCGGUAAAGGGCAGAAGGGGGUCAAGGCUUCCUAUAUGACUGGGGUCGAUGAGGUUGAUGAGGAUGAAGAGGUUUACCAGGGGGCAGAUGACGAGGUGCUUGCAGAGGAAGAAGCCGUUGCGAUGCACGAGGCGUAUGUAGCUCAAGAGACCGCAAAAGCCAGAUAUCGUGAGGUCUCCAAGGCACGGGGUGUGGAUCCUAGUGUGCUGCGAAAGGGUGUCAGUGAGAAUCCGGGGAAAUCCAACAUCGAGGAGCGCCUCGCACAGGCAAAAGCACGAUCGUUCUGCGCCGGGUGCGGCAGGCGAGGACGCUGGCACAAGGACAGCACGUGUCCUCUCAACAAACCGGAGAGCCAGCAGCUCGGCAACAAAGGGAAUGUCCCUAAGUCCGGCGGGGAUCAACAGGCCCAUGUGACAUCCUCCAGCGGCGAUGGGAGCGGAUCGGUUGUUCAGGUUGCUUACGAGGUCGGGUACCCGAGUGGCAACAAACUGUAUGCAAUCACGGACACCGCUUGCAGUAAGUCGGUUAUGGGUCAAGGAUGGCUUGAAUCCUACUUGAAACUGGCGAGGAACGCGGGCCUGGAAACCCAGUUUGUGAACGCCUCGGACGAUUUCAGGUUUGGUGCUUCGAAACUCUUCCGAGCUACCUACACAGCAACCAUCUUGAUCGAGGUUGGCGGUAAACCGUUUGCGGUCAGGGCUUCGGUGGUCGAGGGUGAGGUUCCGCUCCUUCUCAGUCGGAAGGUCCUGAGUGUUUUGGGCAUGGUGUACGAUGUCGAUGAGAACACGGCACGGUUCAAGCACCUGGGAGUCGACAACAUCAUGCUUUCGACCACUGACAAUGGCCAGCCCGCCUUGAUCGUGAAUCCGAGGGUAGGUCAUAAUCCCAAGUUGCCGUCACCCCAAGAGUGGGCUGAUGAUGAGGUGAAGCUACUCCCUCUCGCCAGGAAGCAAUACAUGGUGCAUACAUCUCUCAUGACCUCGUCUCGCGAUCUUGAGGUCGAACAUCAACAUGUUAGCGGAGGUGUAGAUAGCAAACUUCCCUCGCGAGGACCGCUGGCGAGUGUGACUCCAAGACUAUUUUACCCCAAGAAGAUCAACCCGACUAUCCGGAAUCUCUUGAGUGCCACAGCUCUUAAUCAUGAACUGUUUGCAGCUUGGUGGAGUGCACCUCGGCAAUUUCAUGUGGGAGUUCGCAUGCGUUACAUCAAGUGCAUGACGCAUGGAGAGGGGAAACGAGUUCACAACAUCCAGUUCUAUGGGUCGGCAGGACUGUUUUCUCCCGAGCCUCCUGUAGCACUCCUUUUGAACACUCCCUCUCGAAUCCUGCGGUUGCUCCUCCCGAAGAUGGCCUCCUCAUCCGAGACAACGGGGAAUGUGUGGCACAUGACGAAGGCGCAGCUCAUCUCGAAGGCGAUGGGCAUGGGGAUCACGAUCCACCAAUCUUGGAGUGUGGGCGAAGUUCGCCAGCUUAUCCAGGAGAAGAAGAAGGCCAUGGGCGAGAUCUCAGAGAUCCCGAAAGGGUUGGCAUCCAUGAACAAAGCCCAGCUCCUAGAGCAGUGCCGGUUGUUGGAAAUCGAGGUGCCCGAGAAGGCGACGAAUGGCCACUUUACCCUCCUCAUCCGGGACUGUUGCACCAGGAACAAAGGGGACGCGGUAGUGAGUUUCGGGCGGCACCGCGGCAAGUUGUUCCGGGAAGUACCCCAGAGUUAUCUCCGUUGGGCUAUGGCAGAGGUAAAGGAGCGGGGUCCAGAAGGGUCCAGUCCGGACCUUGUGAGCUUGAGCAAGUACGCGGCGCAAAUCCUCCAGGAGAUCCCCGAGGUGAACAACAAAGAUCCGGAAACGAACUCCAUGGUGCCAGUGCCGCAGGACUUGGAGUCGGUGGUGAGCUGGGGAUCCGAGGGGUGGAGCGAGUUGACUCCCGAGGCCCGGAAGCUCAACGGCCAGGCGAACUCAAGGCAGGUGCCGAUGGCUGCGCCGAAGAGCGCUAUGCGGUCUCCAUCGGUGAAGCGGACUACGGAUCAUCAGGGCGAGCCCGGGAAGGCGAUGAUGAAUCAAGAUGUGCCUCCGGAGGUGAAAAAGGAGAUCGACGAGCUGAUGGCAAAGGUGGCAUCGCUAAAGGAUGAAGACCUUCAGAGCGAACCGGAUUUCGAGGUUGAGACCCAGGAGAUCCAUGUCCUCCCCGGGGUACGUGAUGUGGAGAUUGCGUCAGGGGAAGUCUUCUAUGAAUGCCGAAACGGCGACUUCAGUACAGAUGCUGGGGUCACCAAAGUCUCUAGCGAACAUCGUGCGCGAGACCUUCUUCGCAGAAAAGACUUCAGCUUCGAAGCAUGUGAAGGGCUCCUCAUUGACGUGUGCGAACACUGUCAGGCCAGUAGAAAGCGCAAGAUCAUGGAUGGGAUGUGCAGUGUGGCCUUCGGGGCCUAUUCCCAUGGGAACCACUAUGGGGUGAUCCGGCGCACGUAUCAGCAUUGGUACGUGACGAAGUGUGUGAAUGCCUUCAUGCGUUUCCAUGGUGCCAAGGGUCAGUGGAGUAGUGUGCAGUUGUGUUUCAAUUGUCAUGUCGGUCCUCACAAAGAUGUUCACAACCUCGGGGACAAUUGGACUAUUUCCUUUGGGGACUUUGAGGGCGGACGUCUUUGGCUAGAACACAACGACCCAACCAAGGUUCCAGACGCCAUUGAGUCCCGCGAGGCGAUCCUUGCCGACGGCUCCAAGGCGAUCGGAUGCUUGGUUGAUACAAGACAUAACAUGUACAAGUUCUGUCCCAAGCGAAAACAUGCCGUAGAACAAUGGACAGGGAAUCGUUGCAGUAUCAUCGCCUAUGUCACUCGUGGGAUUGGUGAGCUUAGCAGGCCCGAACGUGAUGUUCUUAGGAGCUCCGGUUUCCCUUUGGGCAGGAGUGAAGGUGCAUGUGCUUGGGAGAAAGAGCAUGAGACGAGGCCGAAGAAGAGCAUUAGGAAGAACCUUUGGAAGGGAGCUCGAAGGGCAAGUUCGCUCCUCACUCUCAGUCUCGCAGCGGCAUCGUCGUUCAUCUCAGAAAAUAUACCCUUCGGAAAACCACCACAUCAGGCAUGCCUCUUCGAGAUCGGCGGCAAUGAGUUGACGCUGGACAUGAUCGAGGCGGGUUUUCAGGCCAUCGAACCUCUCAGCUGGGGCGACUAUGUUGAUACUAACCAUGCUCUGAAAGUGACUGACAUGAUCAACAAUCUUAAGCCCAAUGUCGUAUGGUUUCAAGGUUGUGAUGAGAGCAACAAUUUCAUUGAGCAGAUCGUGGCCACUGCCGGACAGCAGCUAGAACAUGGAGGUUCUGUUGUAUAUCAUGCCGACAAGAACGAUCAUGUCUGGGAGAAUAGGACCAUGAAAUGCUUCAUGAAUGAGAACACUCAUCUUCUAGAAGACCAAGGUGAAGCGUGGCUUCUUCGUGUAGGGGGAGUAUUUCAUGAUACCGGAGAUUCCGGCGGAGAAUGCGGCGAUCCUGAACAUGAGGCGCAUGUUGUAUCCCACGAUGAUAAGAAAGAUCGACACGAACCCUUAGGUGCAUCAGCUAUUCACUUCAACAAGAAUGUGCCGAAGCAUGUCCAGGCUGCGUUGACCAGGCUACAUCAGAACCUAGGGCACCCAAAGAUCACUGACCUAGUUCGUCAUUUGAGGUUCGCCGGUGCUGACGAUGAGGUGAUCAAGGCCUGCAAAGGGAUGCGAUGCGAAGUUUGCGAUCGAAACCAGAGGACCGGGAGCGCUAGACCGGGGGUGCUACCUUCACUUCUAGACAUGAACCAAGUGGUCAGUGUCGAUGUCUUUUCGGUCUUCGACUCGGAUCGUGUGCGGCAUGAGUUUCUUUCAAUCAUUGACCACGCCACUACAUUUCACUUGGUGUGCGAGCUUGAGGGUCACUCUGGCGAGGAUUUCUGUAGGCAGUUCACCCAACUCUGGGGAAACGUUUUCGGGGCUCCUGGGACAAUCUCAGCGGACUUAGAGAGCGGGCUCCAGCUUGGAGUUUCCAAGUAUGCGGAGUUCCACGGGUGCCGGGUGGGAUCCUCAGCCGGACAAGCACACUGGCAACAAGGGGUAAUCGAGAGACCCGGUUACUGGUACCAGGAGAUACUCCAGAGGGUCAUUGAUGAGAAGUCCAUCACGAGUGACGACAUGUACAUGGCGGUCCAGGCGGUGAACAGCGCUACUUAG